AUGUAUGUGUAUCUGUGUGUGUGUGUGUGUUCACUUCUGUUGUCAGUUUCCCAGCCAUCGUACUCUGUCAGCCUCCUGGCUCGCAGAGCUAUCAAACGUUUUGGUCAAAAGUUGACAGGUACGCUAUUUCAGCAAAGUGAUUCACAGCCACUCUCAAUGAUGGGAAGACCCUGGCUUAUCUCAGUCUUUCUACUCUGGAUGAAUUUGGGCAGUGCUGCCGCCCUUGUGGAACCUGAAAUCUGUUACGUCCUGGAUGGCAUCCUGUUUCUGUAUGGCAUCAUCCUCACGGCCCUUUACUGCAGACUCAGGAUGAAUGCAAUGAGGCAGCAGCCAACGGCACCGAAAGAGAGCAUCUACGAGGGAUUGGACCCACGUGCCCAGCAGGACACCUAUGAGGAGAUUGGUAAAAAGAAAGGACUGCAAUAGUGGAGAAGGAACAUGGAUGACAGGUGGUAAUCUUGGAUGUCUUUACGUCAUUAUUUAGGACUUCUUUUUAUUUUAAUUUUUUAGCUUUUUUCUUCUAUUUGCCAUAUCUUAUGCUGUGAAGACUACAUUUUGUAAACCAAUUUUUAUUUUACCCUUGUAAGUGAUAGAGACAAAAUGCUCAUAUUUGUUCAAAUAUCAUGACACAAGUGUGAAAAAGAGAAGUUGAGCAGAGUGGAAGUUUCAAUGUUGUUUCCUUAGAGUAUGAAAAACUUAUCUGCCUCCUUCUGCUUAUUUUCGAGAGGGUUCUAACAUACAUAUAAAACAAUGAGGUAGCUGUCUGUGGUGUGUACUCGCUUCACACAAUUAGCUGCUUCCACUUUCAGGUCCUGGUACCAUGGCAACUAGCCCUAGCCUCCGACCAGUCUCUGUCCGACUCAUUUCCUGUACGGAGCCACACCAUUUUUUUUAGGCAAUGUGUAUUUUUUGUGUGUAUGUGUGGUCAUUUGUUCCUGUAUGUUUUUGGUGUGUCAGUCACUCUUAAAUUAGUUUGUGUGACUGCAUGUGUGAGGGUGAUAUCUUUUUUUUUUGUUUAAAGGGAUGAUUCUAUAGAUGACAGUAGAAUGAAUGUACAAGACGCAGGCAUACUAAGAUGAUAGUUGAAGAAAACAUCAACAACACCCCCACACACACACACCCUGAAAUGUUUAUCUGACACCGACAGUUUGUGCUUGUAUGCAUAGACACAACGCACAUUAACUACAAUAUAAUAACAUAAUACAGUAUGCUUACUAAAGUCCAAACCAAACCUGAAAAAAAUAUUUACGUAGCAUUGUGUGUGUGUAGCGCUGAGUUUUUAAAUGUUUGUAGGCUACAGCUACUCUGUAGCUACUCUGAUUGGUCUCAUCCACCUCUAACUAAAUGUGCUUGGGGCUGUUACCUACUGUAACUGUUUCAUAAAAAAAACCUGGCUUUUUAACACGGCAUAAAGUGGUCCAGUGUUGUUCAAAACAAAGUUGUCAGUCUGUCUAUGGCUAUUUCAAGGAUCCUCAAACCAAUUAAAACUUUCUGAAACUCUU